CCAAGAUCAUCACAAGCGGAGGCGGACGGCUCCCCCUGAGCGGUACUAGUACAGCCAAAUGAGCUACUUCUGAUACUAGAACUGUGCUGCCUUCAUGAAAAAUGGAUGCAGAGGAAAAUCAGAAGAGUGAUGAAGUUGAUGGGAGUUUACAAACUGAUCUGACAGAAGAUUCAAUGAAAAAUGUUUCAGUAGAAAAUGCUGAAUGUGAUUCCUUAUCUAACCAGGAAACAAGGUCCUUAUCUGAUGGAGUGCAUAGGAGCCUUGAGAAGAAAGGAGAAGAGAAUGGCAAAAACAAAAGGGCAUUAUUAGAAUCAACUAGCCUAGAAAUUACUGAAGGGGACCAAUUUGAAAAUGAACCUAUCUCAAAAAGAAUAAAGCUGGAUUUUUCAAAACAUACUAAAGGCAGUGAAGGCAAAUCACUCAAACUCACAGUUAGGCAGGAGUCAAUUGCAGAAACAGAUAAUAUAAUAGAUGGAGCCAUAAAAAAGGUAGCAGUGAGUGACUGUGUCAGUGGUGACACAGUUCUUUCAAAUUCCUUGUGUCCACAUUGUGAUUUCAAAGCUGCUGAUGCUACUGCACUGAAAAUUCAUUUGGAAAGUAAAGAUUCACAAGAAGUUCCAUCUGCUGUUCCUGAAAGUACUUUCCAAGUGGAAGAAAUUAGUGUUAGCUGUACAGUUGGCAAUAUAGAUAAAGUUCUUAAAUGCAAAACUUGUGAUCAGUUUUUCCCCUCUUACCCUGAUUUGGAAAAACAUAUUCAAGAAAGCCACUCAAAACAACCCAAAGAGCAUGUGUGUCCCCACUGUAGUUAUAAAGCAGAAUACAGUUUAGCUUUACAAACACAUAUCAAGCAGGCUCACGGACAAUCAAUAUUUUGCUGUGAUCUCUGUGGUUUUCAGUGUGGUGAGGAGAAUCUCCUACGUUCUCAUUUCCUUGGCAAGACGCACCUUCGGCGUCAACAUCUUGCUGCACGAGGAGGAUUUGUAAAGAGAUUGACAAAAAGAACCAUUCAUAAAAAGCAGUAUACGGCAGUCAAAAAGAAGAAAGUGAGAGCAAAAUCUGGGCCCUAUAAAUCAAAGACAAGAACUGCUGAUUCAAAAGAAUUAAAUGCUAGCAAUAAUCUGAAGGAUUCGAAAGUAAGCUUUUCUAAACAAAGUGAUGGCAGUGAACUUCUUGUCGAAAUGAUAACAUCUAAAAAUAUUUCCACUGAAAAAUCAGAGGCUGUUACAGAGGAAAAAGAGUUUUCCUUCAGUGUAGAAGGAACUCAUGAACUCCAGGCUGAAAAGCUAGAAAUAUCAGGGUCCUCAGAAGAAAAUUUGAAUAAACAAGAGCCCACCAGAAGUACCCAAAAGAUAAUUGGCAGUUUAAACACAAGGAGAUUUGAUAGAUCAGGACAUAAGAGAAAUAUUUUAUCACUAAGAACUUCUUUCAGACAAAGUGGCUCUUUUAGAUUAAAAAAGCAGGUUAAAGGAAGAUAUAGUUUGCUGGAUUUUAGUAAAAGAGGCAAACCCAAAUCUCACCGAACACAGGUGAAACACAACUUCAGGACCCAGCUUAAACCAAGUAAUUUAACGCCCAAAUCGCCUAGAGAGUUAGAAAUGGAUGAUGAUGAUGACAUUAACAGUCAGUGUAAGGCUACCACAGAAAUACAGGCUCUGAGUCAAGAUAGGACAAAUACCAGUUCUCCUAGCACUACAAAAACUGAGGAUUCUCAGAUGAAACCUGUUGCUGACAACAAAGUUCUACAUACUUGCAUUUACUGUGGUAUUGUUUUUCAGAACAGAAAAGGUUUGGAAAUUCAUGUUAUAAGACAUCAUACAAAAGAAAUGCAUUUUCAUUGUCAAACAUGUAACUAUUCCUGUGCAAUCAGGGGGGACUUUGAACAACACUGUCAAAGUAAUAAACAUCAAAUGGGGUGUUGUAAUUUUAAUUGUCACCUUUGUUCAUUUAUUUGCUUGAAUGAUACAAGCCUUGGAACCCACAUGAGUGAAGAGCAUAAUAUGCCCCAUAAUUGUAUUAUUUGCAAUCUGUAUUUUCUAACUGAGGAAGAACUGAUAGAUCAUAAAACAACUGAGAAGCAUAUUAGUUUAUUGGCUCAACAAAAUACUUCUCAAUCAAUUAGCACUGAUUUGUCUCUGCAAACUGCAGCUUAUACUACACUGGAAUCAAAUAAUAAGCUCCAAAAAAUUGUAGAUGAAAUAGAAGUGACCAUGGAGGAUGAGCCCCCAAAGCCUUGCAUGAUAAAUCAUGGAAAUGAAUUAAAGCAUUCUGUUCUCAAUAAAACCCAAUUUCAAUGUAAAAAGUGUUUUUAUAAAACAAGAUCCUCCACAGUUCUUACAAGACACAUAAAACUGCGACAUGCACAGGAAUAUCAUUUUCUUUGCAAAGCAUGUAACCUUUAUUCACUGAGCAAAGAAGGAAUGGAAAAGCAUAUUAAAAGAAGCAAGCACCUUGAAAAUGCCAGGAAAAACAAUAUUGGUUUACGUUUUGAGGAAUGUAUUGAAAGGGUAUGUGUAGAUGCAAGUGAUGUUAAAAAAGUAAUGGAGCCUUCCACUUCUGGCAAUGUAAAGACUGAAUUAGAUAAAGAAAGUAUACAGGCACCGUCUUCUACUGUGGAUAACACAUCCACAAAUAAAGAACUGGUUCCAUCAGGUGAAAUUACCAAAGACAGUGAGUUAGUUUUGGCCAAUGCACCAAAGAGAGGGAGACCCAAAGGCACCAUUUCUAGGACAUGCACCCACUGCGGUCUUUUGGCCUCCAGUGUUACCAACUUGACUGUACAUAUUAGACGAAAGCACAGUCACCAGUACAGCUAUUUGUGUAAAGUUUGCAAUUAUUAUACUGUAACCAAAGGUGACAUGGAACGUCAUUGUGCCACCAAGAAACAUAAAGGUCGUGUUGAAAUAGAAGCUAAUGGAAAACAAAACACAGAGGUAGUUGUUUGCCCAGAAGGAGGUAAUCUUGACUCCAUUAGCAAGAAGAUCAACAGCCCAAUGGAUAUUUUGAAUGAACAUGUUGAGGAUGAUAGCCAGUCAUCGGAUUUGGAUACUUCAGUCUUAGAAAAUCAGGAAGAAGACCAGGGAAACUCCAUUGAGGUAGAAGUUGACAAUGUAUCUCAACUCCCAGAUCUGCAGUAUACUAAGAACCCUAUAAAUAUAAAACAGCAUGUAUUUAUGGAGCCAAGUAAUGUUACUCAAGAUGGUGACCCAUGUUUUCAGAGAAGAGUUACAGGUGCAAAUGACAAUAAAUGUGUACACUGUGAGUUUGUUGCUCAUUCAUCUUCUUCUCUAGAGCUGCAUGUAAAAAGGAAGCAUACUAAAGAAUUUGAAUACUACUGCAUGGCUUGUGACUACUAUGCAGUCACUCGUCGAGAGAUGAGUAGGCACGCAGCAACAGAGAAGCAUAAAAUUAAAAGACAAUCUUAUGUUUGUUCUUCCUCUGGAGAGGAAGCAGAUACAACAGAUAUUGCCAAAGAAACCUCUGUUAUGUCUCCAAAGGAUCAUCAGCAAGACACAGAAGAAUUUCAGACAGUUUCAGAUGAAACAAAAUAUGUCAACAAUGCUAAAGCUCAGGACGAUCAAACUCUGAAAAGCUUAGCUGACUGUACUGUCUUAGAUGGAAAUACAUCUUCAGAAAUUUCGAAACAAGAUGGUGCCCACAAUGCAAUAGGAGUUGAAGUUGAGGAGGAAUCGAAUGGAGGAGCAAAUCCCCUUUAUGAAGUCUUCCAACAAACAUCUCAAAAAGAUGAAGUUAAACUUAGUGAGGUGAUACCUCUUAAAGAAGUAGUCAUUUGUGAUUUGCAGAAAAAUGGGCAAGAUCCAAUCAAUUCAAAUUUCCAUUGCACUGUAGAAAAUCAAAAUGUUUCAAAUGACAUGAAUGCCCCAAACUUGGAUUCCAAAAAAAGUGGGAAAACUUUAGAAGAAAAUGGAGAAAACCUUGAAAACGAGUAUAAAAAUACUGAAGUUCUUGAAGAAGAAUUACUUACAGAAAGUUCUCCACAUGUGCCAGCUCUUCCAGAAACAUAUAAUUUAGCAGAGCAGUCAAAUCUUGAUGAAAACAUUAGAAAUACUGUUCAAAAUGUACAUAGCUUAGAGGGUGACAGAAGCUUCCGAAGGGAUCCUACUGUAGAGGAGGAGGAAGCCCUUAUGGAGGCAAAACAUGAAGCAGAAGUAACUAUAAACAACAGCAUUUGGGAGGCAGAUGGCUCAACAGCUGAAGGCAUGCAAGAAACUAGUAAUGAGGCUUUGGAAACUGUUAUCAGUACUGAUGAUAAAGGAAAGGCAAUGCAAAAUUUUGGCCAGUUUGAUUCUUCUAUAGUAAGAUUAAAAAGUCAUCAAGAUGGAGAGUCCACUGACCACUCCGAUGAAGGACAGAUGUCAGGUGGAAUGAAAGUUAGUGAGAUAACUGUAAAAAUAGAUAGCUCACAAGGUGGUGGGAAAAAGAAGAAAUCUGAAGGAAAUCCUCUUGGGGAAUCGACACGUAUUCGUUGUGAUGACUGUGGUUUUUUAGCAGAUGGUUUAAGUGGACUAAAUGUUCACAUAGCCAUGAAGCAUCCUUCAAAAGAGAAACAUUUUCAUUGUUUACUCUGUGGAAAAUCAUUUUACACAGAAAGCAACCUUCACCAGCACUUGGCUAGUGCUGGUCACAUGAGAAAUGAACAGGCAAGUGUGGAAGAGUUACCGGAAGGAGGCGCCACCUUUAAAUGUGUUAAGUGCACUGAGCCCUUUGAUUCUGAACAGAAUUUGUUUCUUCAUAUUAAAGAACAACAUGAAGAAUUACUGCGGGAGGUGAAUAAGUACAUUGUGGAAGACACUGAGCAAAUCAACCGAGAAAGAGAGGAAAAUCAAGGCAAUGUGUGCAAGUAUUGUGGCAAGAUGUGCAGAAGUAGCAAUUCCAUGGCAUUCCUAGCUCACAUUCGAACCCAUACAGGAUCAAAGCCAUUCAAGUGCAAGAUAUGCCACUUUGCAACAGCUCAGCUCGGAGAUGCCAGAAACCAUGUCAAGAGGCACCUUGGGAUGAGGGAAUACAAGUGUCAUGUCUGUGGGGUGGCCUUUGUGAUGAAAAAACACUUAAAUACUCACUUACUGGGCAAGCAUGGAGUUGGAACACCAAAAGAAAGGAAAUUUACAUGUCACUUGUGUGACAGAAGUUUCACAGAGAAGUGGGCACUGAACAACCAUAUGAAACUGCACACAGGAGAAAAGCCAUUUAAGUGUACCUGGCCUACAUGCCAUUAUUCUUUCCUCACAGCUUCUGCAAUGAAAGACCACUAUAGGACUCAUACAGGCGAGAAGUCGUUCCUGUGUGACCUUUGUGGCUUUGCCGGCGGGACACGUCAUGCCCUCACUAAGCAUCGGAGGCAGCACACAGGAGAGAAACCAUUCAGAUGUGAUGAGUGUAAUUUCGCUUCCACAACACAGUCACAUCUGACACGACAUAAGCGUGUCCAUACUGGUGAAAAACCCUACAGAUGUCCCUGGUGUGACUACAGGUCUAACUGCGCUGAAAAUAUCCGUAAGCAUAUCUUACACACAGGAAAGCAUGAAGGAGUAAAAAUGUAUAACUGCCCCAAAUGUGACUAUGGAACCAAUGUCCCAGUGGAAUUUCGCAACCACCUGAAGGAGCUGCAUCCUGACAUUGAAAACCCUGAUCUAGCUUACUUGCAUGCUGGCAUUGUAUCCAAGUCCUACGAAUGCCGACUGAAGGGUCAGGGAGCGACCUUUGUAGAGACCACCAGUCCUUUCACUGCAGCAGCCCUGGGAGAAAUUUCUCCAGUUAAAGAGAAGGCCCUUCGAAGUAACAGAAGACAAUCCCAAUCAGCUGAACAAGUGCAGCAAGUUAUCAUUAUUCAAGGAUACGAUGGUGACUUUGCAAUUGAUGCCUCUGUGGAAGAAACGGCAGCAGCUACCCUUCAGACUUUGGCAAUGGCAGGUCAGGUGGCAAGGGUGGUGCAUAUUACGGAAGAUGGGCAAGUUAUAGCCACAAGUCAAAAUGGUUCUCAUGUGAGUGGCCUGGUUCCAGGACAAAUACUCACUGAGCAAUUAUCAGGUGGUGCGACACAAGUGGUAGUGGUAGAAGGCUCUGUGGAGGGAACUGAUCUGGAGGAGGCUGUCCCAAUAGAUGCAGUGUCUGACUCCGGUAAUGCUGUGGUGCAACAGAUAAUGAGACAGGAAAUUUUAGAUACAUCAGAAGCUACAGUACAUCCUCCAGAGUCCUCCUCAGCAUUAGAUGCCCUCCUUUGUGCUGUAACAGAGCUGGGUGAAGUGGAAAACAAAACUGGCCUCCUCGACAGAACCAGGCCUAGUCACAAAGAGUUGUUACAAAUGACAAAUCAGGAGCAAUCCAAUAAUCCUAAUGACACCGAGACACAAGAAAUACAGAUGUUCCAUGAAGUUCAAGGGACUCAGGAAGAUAUAGAACCGAUGGAAGUAGUGACACAAGUCAUUCACCCAUCUACUAUAAUUGCAUCUCAGGAGAGAGCUCAAGCUGCCUUCAAGAAAAUGGUCCAAGGAGUACUACAGUUUGCAGUAUGUGACACGGCUGCAGCAGACCAGCUGAUGAAAGAAGGUGUCACUCAGGUCAUUGUAAAUGAGGAAGGAACAGUGCAUAUGGUGGCUGGAGAAGGCUCUCGGAUAAUAAUGCAAGAAGCUGGUAGCCAUGCACUCAGUGUCCAAAGUGAGCACAUGGAUUUAGUUGAGUCUGAUGGAGAAAUUUCACAGAUCAUUGUCACAGAAGAAAUAGCUCAAGCCAUGGUUCGGGAUUCACAUGGCAACUUCUCUGAAGGUCCGACCCAUUACAUUGUAACAGAAUUGCCACAAGAUAUACAGGAUGAGACUGGUGUGUAUUCACACACUGUGAUAGAGACAGCUGAGUCUCAAGAGAUUUUGGAAGCUGGGACUGCUAUAAAUGCUGAAGCCGCAUCCCCUGAUGGAACAGGAGAACAGUUAACUAGUAUGGUCAUUUAUACAGAGAGUGGCUCCCAAGCAACAGUAAUUCAGGGCCAGGGAGAUAGUAAUGAACUACAAGAAGCGUGAAGAAUUGUUUCUUGGAAAAUUAAUAGACACGUGUAGGAACUUAAUUUGUAAAACCUUCAUAAUAUGAUAUUCCUCCAUCCAGGUGCCAGCCUCGCUGUGUGAGGUUAAUGUCAGCUACUGGGAAGAGUAUACAGAAAAGGUAUUAUCUUGUUACAAUGGACAGAAAUUUGAUCUGAGUAUGAUUAACAGGCAUAAUAUGGUAAGAAAAUGACUAAAGCUCCCCUUCCCCCACCCAAAUGAGUCAGAUAUGAUUCUGGUUUGGUUUGGAUUAUUUUGUGAGUUCAGGGUGAUUUCCUGGUUUAUGCCUUGUCUGACUGUUUUUGUGGUUAUGCUAAACAUAAUUUUUUCACUUUACAUAUACAUUUUGUGAGCAAAAAAAUUAAAAAACCAAAAUCACACCACAUGUUAAAAAUAUGAGGUGACAGUUUGUAAGUAAAGUUGGAUGCUACAAGUGUUGUCCUGUCUUCUUCAAAGGCAGAAAGCCUGACAUUUGGUUUUCUAAAGUCUUGCUCUAAAAUGUCCCUUGUCAAAAACAUCUCA